AUGGGUACAUAUCCUAGUGCAGUAGAUUUUGUUUAGCUUAAGAGAGUGGUCAAUCACCUUGGUUAAAAUAUAAUAAAAGUUAUACCCAUGCUACCAACAAGUUACACUUCUCUUAGUUAUGAAGUGUAUAUAGAUAUAAAUAAAGAUACUAUUAAUGCAUCAUUUGGAUUUUUUAGUUUUAUUCCAAUUGAAAUUAUUACUUAAUCUAUAUCUAAUUAAGAAUAAUCUUUGAUCUUUGCUGGAUCUCAAAGCGGGUAACUUAGAGUAUUACCAACAAAUAAUAUAUCAGCAUUUUAAAUAGUAUUUAAUUCUACAUCAAAUAAUUCUCUAGAUUAAGUAGUUAAAGUAUAUCAAAGUUUUUAAUUAGAUGAAAAUACAUCUGAAUUAUUUUUAUAUGGUGAUGGAUUGAUUAAAAUUUCUUUAGAUUUUAGUUAACAAACUUUAAUAUCACCUGCAAAAACUCUCAAUCUCGAUAAUUAUAAAAAAUGCCUUUUUCCAACUGAAAUUAUAGUUUGCAUUAUUAACAAUUAAAACAUGGUAUUUUUUGAUAGAUCAGAAAAUUUUUUGUUAUUUUAGACUUUUGUACUUUAAGAUUAGCUUUCUGGUGCUUCAAUUGUAGCUGAUACAAUAAAUAAAUAAGUUUUUGUAUAUAAGACUUAUUUUGAAGUUUAUAGUUUUACUGGAUCAUAUUUAAAAGGGAUUUCUGAUGUGUAAUAUCCAAUCAUUUCAUUCUCAAUUUAUGAUUAACACAUAAUUGUUUAUUCUUCAGCUCAAAUAUACAUCUAUCUAAGAGGUACAUUAACUUAUAUGACAUUCAUUUCUCCUUCAGGUGGAAACUUCAUAGGUUAUCUAUACAUAAAAAGCUAAUAGUUAAUUGCUUAUUAUCUAAGUUUGAAUUAAUAUGGCUAAGUUUUGCUUUAUAGCUUAGCUAUUUAUCAAUAAGCAGGUUUUUUAACAAACACUUACUUUUAAAAUAAGAUUGGAAAAGUUGUUAAAAUAAUGUACGAUGAUGAUAGCCAAAUGUUUAAUUAUAUAGAUUAAUAUGGAAAUUAUUAAAAUGUUUUAAAUAAUGCAUAAAAGACAACAGAUUAGACAUUUGUGAUUGAAGAAAUAUAAUAAGGUAUUCUAGAUUCUCCCAUAGAUUACUAGCUUGAUUUCAAAUCAAAUGUUGCUUUUGUGUAUAAUGGAUAAAGAGUUUGGAGACAUAAUUAUAAUUUAUUUACAAGACCUUACUAAAGGAUAAUAAGUAUUCCAGCUAAUCACUACUUUUAAAUAAAAAAUCAAGAAUUUUAAUAGUUUGUAAUCUCCGAUUAUUAUAAUAACAUUUACAUGUAUCAAAACUAUUUAUUAACCUUCUUAAAUUAAUUUACUGAUAAUAUUUUAGAUAUGAGGAUAGUAUAAAGAGAAGCUUAAAUAAGAUUCAUCUUCUUUUUUAAUUAAUAAAUACUUCUCUAUAAUAAUUAAAAUAGUAAUUUCACUUAAUAAACACCUGAUUUUGUUUUGUCUGAUUAUAAAUUUAAGAGAGUUAUAUUAUAAUCUACAAGUAGAAUAAUAAUCAAUACAGCUGAUAAUUUUAUUAUAGAUUAUGACUUCUUUAGCUAUUAACUAAAUAAUAAGUUUUAAUUGAACACUUUCGAAGACAUUAUAACUUUUCUUGAAAUAGGAUCUUCUCUUUCUAAUUAGUGGCUAUUUGUUUAUGGAACAGACUAAGGUAGAGUAGGAGUUUAUGAUUUAAUUGCUUUUACAUAAACUUUUGUCAAUUUUUAAUAACCAAUCAAUUAAGCAAUAUAAUCAAUAUAAAUAUAUUCUUAAAAUGACUUUAUUUGUUUAGAUAAUUUUGGAAAUAUUUAUAUGAUAAAUAGUUAAACCUUAACAGAAUAUAGUAAUUAGCCUAUCUAAUAAUCAAUUAAUUAAAAUAUUUAAUAAAUAUUCGGUAGUAAAAUGUCUAAACCAAUAUAAAUAAUUCAGUUUGAUAUGAAAUUUUAAAGAUAUUUUGUAAACUUUAAAAGACAGAGUUUUGUUUCAAUUUUUAGCUUAGUAGAUUAUUCCCUGAUAAAUUACAUAUCUUUUCCUGACAAUGAAUGGAAAACGAUGGUGUUUAAUGAUUAAUAUUUAAUAUUGUCUUCUACUUAUUAGUUAAAUAUUCAUUAAUUUUCUAACUUAUCUUUUAUAGGAAACAUUAGAAGAUAUAAUAGAAAGGAUAGAAUUACUGAUAUUAAAUUGAUAGAAAAUAACAAAAUCAUAGUUGUUUUCGUUAACAGAAUAGAAUCUUUAUUAAUUUCAUUUAAUUCAGUAACAUUAGUCGAUUCUUUACCUAUGAUUGAUCCGUAAUUAAUUUAUAUUUCAUUUAAUUCAGCUUAAAUGGUACUUAAUUAUAUUGGAGUUGCAAAAAAUGCGGUUUAUGAAAAAAGAAUUGAUUAUGGUUUAUAUGAGAAUCAAUAUCCAAUAGCUUAAACUUAAUAAACUAAAAGUUGUUACUUUUAAUUACAAUAUUAAAAUUAUAUUAAGGCUUCAACAAGAUUUUAAUAAGUAUACAGUUCUAGCUCUCUUUCUUUGAUGUAUUUAUUAUCAGUUUACAUAAAUAAUAGCAUUGAUAAUAUGGAUUUUUUGAAUUAAAGUUCCGUUAGUGUAGUGUUUAGACCUUAAAGUAAAACUUAAAAUAACAUUUAAAUACAGAAAAGCUCAUUUGAUAGUCUUAACUUUGAUAUAUAAAUGGACAGCUUCAAUUUAAUUUUUGAGUAUUAAAAUAUUUAACUGCUCCUUACAAAUAAAUAGUAUCUAUAAUAAGAUAACACUACGAUAGUUUAUUCAAAAGACACAUUAGUUUUUGAUGGUGCAUAUGCUGUAAAUAAUACAUUUCCUUCAAAUUCUGACUAAUUUAAUAUCUAAAAUAUAUUAUUACUAAUACAAAGUUCUACAGUAAACUUUACAAAUAUUUAGUUUAAGAAUAAUACAGGCAACAUCUAAUUUAUUUCAAGCUAAAUUGUUCUAAUAAAUAAGAGUGUCUUUCAAAAUAAUAUUGGAGUUCUUGGAGGGUGCUUGAGUAUCUUAUAAGUAAAUUAGAGCAUUAUAAUAAAGGAUACUAAUUUUCAAAGAAAUUAAGUUAGUGGAAGUGGAGGGAGUAUCUAUUUGAAUAACGUAAAUUACUUCAGCAUAGAUUCUAAUAGCUUAAUUAAGUACAGUUCUGCUAGCAUAGGAGGAGCAAUUAGAAUUAUAAAUAAAGAUGUUAAUCUUUGGAAAUAAUAUGAUAUUAAUUGCCUAAUGUUAUACAACUCAGGUGAAAUAUAUGGAGAUAAUAUCGGAACUUUUCCUAUGAUGUUUUUAGUUUAAGUAAGCAAUUUGAAAUAAAAUAAAUAUGAACAAAUAUUUGAGGGCUAAUUAGAUGAUAAUAUAUCACAGGGCACGAUAAUACAUUUUUAAAAUAUAUAAAGUGGAGGGUUAUUUCCAUUCAGAGUAUAACUAUAAGACUAGAAUAAAAGGCCUUUUUCUGUGAAUUAAACAAAGUUUAAAAAUAAUAUUUAUGAAUAAUCUAUUUUAUAAGAGUUAAAUUCAUAUUUUAUCUAAGUUGCAAUAAAUUAAAAUGCUGUUUCUUAAAAUAAAUAAAACAGUUUUAUAGAACUAAAAGGUGAGGCUCUUAUUGGAAUUAAGCAAUAUGAUGAAGAUUCUAAAAUGUUUAAUUUUGAAUCUUUGACUUUAACAUCUCUUCCUCAUGUUAAUAUAAGUUCAGUUGUUAUUUAAUUUUCUUUUGAUAGUAUAGGAUAUUCUAAAUAAAUUUAAACCAAUAUUUCUUUUAGAUCUUGUUAAGUUGGUGAGAUUUUAGUUUAGUCAUUUAUUUAAACUUCUACUUAAGAAAAUAACUAAAAUCAAUUAAGCCUAAUUAGUUGUACUGAAUGCACAUCAGGGACUUAUUCUUUAACUAAUUCAGAUAAAGAUUAUAAAUAGUAUUAAAUUUAAAAUAAUUUCGAAGAAUUGAGCACUGAAGUAUGUAAAUAGUGCCCUCCUGAAGUCACUUUUUGUUAAGGUAAUACUUUAAUAUUGUAGGAUGGAUAUUGGAGAUUUAAUAACUAAACAGACGAGAUUUUGAAAUGUAAUUAUGUAAACCCGAAUAUUUGUAGUGUAUAAAAUACUACUAUUAAUGGAUGUAUUAAAGGAUAUAUCGGACCAUUGUGCGAAAAAUGUGAUACAACUGGUGCCGUAUGGAAAUAAAGAUAUGCUUAACCCUUUUAGCAAUAUGAAUGCGAUUAGUGCAGUGACUACAUAGUAUACAUAUUUUUCUUCAUGGAAAGAUAUAUUUAUGAAUCACGUUGCAACUAUUUACGCAUUAUGAAGUUUUUACCUUUUUCAAGAAGCUGUGUUUAAGAUGAAUCAUCUUAUUACAUUAAGUUAUUAAUCAACUACUUAAUAGACCAUAUAAAUGACAAUUUUAAUAAAUUAAAAACAAAUCUUUGUAAAUCUUUUAGCCCAUAAUCGAGAAAUUUAAAAAUAGAAAAUAUGACUAAAAUAAAUGAUCAAAUUUAAGACAUAACAUAAUAUAGUAGAAAUUCACCAUAACAUAAUAGAAAAAGAAACGAAUCAAUGAAAGAAUAUAGACUUAACUUUACUAGCCAAUACUCCAAAAUGCCUAUCAGAUAAAAAAGUUUGAGUCAAUUCGAUAUUCAAAUGGAAUUUAUUAGAUUUAUGAGUUAGAAAGAUAAAGAUUAAAAUGAAAGUUAAAUGUAAGCUUCAGAAUAUUCUUUAAAAAAUAAAGAUUUAAUCAAAGAAUGUGCAGAUCACUCAGAAAUAUCCGAUUCAACUUCGAAAUGCUUUGUAGUCUUAAAUUCUAAUAAAGAAAUAAAUCAGAUAAAUAGCACAAAAGAAAUUAAAGUUUGUCAAUUUAAAGAUAUUAAUUGUCAAAUUUAUUCUUGCUAAUAGAAUGGCUGCCUUGAAUGCACAAAAAACAUAAGAUCUAAUACUGAAAUAUGUACUGUUUGUGAUAAAGGUUUCAUUUUAAAUUCACAAAAUAUUUGCGUUUAUUCAUAAUGCUAACCAUGGGAAUAUCUCCAAAAUAAUAUGAAUAGUCCUAAUAAAGAUUAAAAUACCUGCGUUUCUAUUUGCGGAGAGACAGAAGCGCCUAACUUAUCUAAUAUGGUGUGCUAAAACAUAUAUUAAUGUACCAGUUAUUACAGUUAUCCUUAAAAUACUAACAAAGGAUAUUAAUACAUUGCUGAUAUAAGUAACAAUGCGAUUAACUUUAUUCCUAAAAAUACUUUUUAAAGCGCUUAUUAGAUAACAUGUCAUCAAUUUUUUAAUCUAUAAAAUGGCGGUACUCACUUAGUAUUUUAUGAUAGCAAUUCAAGUGUUACAGUCCUUGAUUAAAACCUUAAAAUAAUUGCAACUUUCUCUGUAAGUUUAGGAAAAAUUAUUUACAUUAAAAGCUUUUAGGAGGGAGUUUAUUUGUUUAUAAUAUAAUUAAAUUAGAUGCUAAAUUUUUACUAUUAUUCAAUCUUACAGUUUGAUUUAAAUGCACAAUCUUAAAAUUUAAUUGGCUCUUAUUUUACUAUUUUAGACAUCGUUUAGUUUAAAAAAAGUACAAACAAUUUAGGGCAAAAUAUUUUUAAAUUAUUUGCACUUGAAUCUCUUAGUUAUACAUCACUCACAAUAGAGGUUUAUUAUAAUCCUACAUAAGAUUCUAUUAACAUACCUUUUGGAGCUUUUAUUUAUGCCCCUACUUAAUAUGUAGUAACAGCUACUUCAAACAUAGCACAAAAUUUAAUUUUCACUGGAAGUCUUAUUGGUCAACUUAGAGUAGCUCCUGCUUAUAAUGAUAGAGCUCAUUUUCAAAUUAUUUUUAAUUCAAUUUCUUCUAAUUCAAAAGAUUAAAUAAAGAAAGUUUAAUAAAGCUUUAGAAUAGGUUAGUAUUUUGUGUUAACUUCAGUAAUCAAUUGCUUUAGUCUACAUACAGAUAAUUUAAUAGAAACAAUCAAUUUUUCUACAAAUGUCGAAUCAAUUAAUUCAUUUUAUGUAUCUGAAAAACUCAAAAUAAUGAUUGCUUAUAUAAGUACAGAGCUCAUAGUGAGAGAUUUUACAAAAGCCAAUCUUAAAUAUUCAUUGAAGUUAUCUCAAGCCAAUAGUUUACUUAAAAAAGUAAAUGGUUUAUUUUUAGAUGAAGUAACUUCAGAGCUAUUCUUAUUUGGUGAUGGGUUAAUAAAAAUAUCUACAAAUCUUGAUCAGUAAAUAUUAUUAUCUUCAAAAGGUACUCUUAACUCUGAUAAUUAUAUCUAAUGCAUAUUUCCUUCAUAAAUUAUUGUUUGUUUAAUAAAUAAAUAAAAUUUAAUAUUUUUUGAUAGAUUAAGAAAUUAUGUAUAAUUUUAAUCCUUAAUGCUGUAAGAUUUGCUCUCAUAUGGUUUGCUAAAUUUUGAUUUAUAGAAUUAAUAAAUAUUUGUUUAUAAAACCUAUAUAGAGGUAUAUAGCUUUUCAGGUUCAUAUCUUAAUGCUCUUUCAGAUGUUUAAUAUCCAAUAAUAACUUUUUCUGUUUAUGAUAAUCAUAUUGUUAUAAUGUCAUCAGCAGCUAUUUACAUCUACUAAAGAGGAUCCCUAACUUAUAUUUCUUUAAUUUAACCAUCAGGAGGAGCUUUUACAGGUUGUUUGUAUAUUAAAAGCUAAAAUUUGAUAGCUUAUUAUACAAUCACAAUUUAAUAUGGGUAGAUUCUUCUUUAUAGUUUAACAACAUAUCAACAAGCAGGUUCUAUGUCAAAUACUUAUCAGGCGAAUAAAAUAGGUCCAGUUGUUAAAAUUAUCUACGAUGAUGACAGCUAAAUGUUUAAUUAUAUCGAUACUUUUGGAAAUUUUUAAAAUGUUCUUAAUAAUGCAUAAAAAACAACUGACUAAACUUUUUCAAUAGAAGAAAUAUAAUCAGGAAUAUUACCUCCUCCAAUAGAUUACAUAUUAGAUUUUUAAUCUAAUUCCGCUUUUAUUUAUAAUAACAAUAGAGUAUGGAGAUAGAAUUACAACAUGUUUACAAGACCAUAUCAAAGAGUAAUUAGUAGACCGUCUAAUCAUUACUUCUAAAUUAACACCUUAGGAAAAUUAUCUUUCAUUAUUGCAGAUUAAAGCAAUAACAUUUAUAUGUAUUAGAAUAAUCAAGUAACAUUCUAAAACUUUUUCUCUCUUAACAUUCUAGACAUGAGAUAUCUAUAAAAAGGAAAUUUGAAUAGAUUUAUUUUCUUUUUUAAUUCAUAGAUUCUAAUUUAUAAUGAUUAAAGCAGUAAUUUCUCUCAAUAAAGCCCUGAUUAAUUAUUAUCUGAUUACUCAUUCAAAAGAAUUCUGUUUUAAAAAGCAGAUAGAAUAAUCAUAAAUACAGCAGAUAACUUCAUAAUUGAUUAUGAUUUUUUUGCUCAACAACUUAACUUCAAAUUUUAAUUGAAUCCACAAGAAGAUAUCAUAAGCAAUUUAGAAAUAAGUUCUUUAUAAUCAAACAAAUGGUAAUAUAUUUAUGGAACUGAUUAAGGAAGAGUUCUUGUAUAAGAUAUGAUAUCACACUAAUUGAGUGAAGUUCAGUUUACAUAAACUAAAAAUACUAAUCCAAUUUUCAGAAUAAAAAUGUAUAACUAAAAUGAUUUCAUUUGCUUAGAUAAUGUUGGAAAUGUUAUCAUGAUUAAUGGUACAUCACUUAAUUAAUUGAAUAAUUAGCCUAUUUAAUAGUCUAUAAUAAUGAUUACUUAACAAUUAGGUAGAAAUGUCAUUUUAUCUAUAGACACUUUAGAUUUAUCUCAAGUUUAAUUGUAAAAUAACAUAUUUCCAUUAAAUUUAGAUGACAAUAACACAUAAAAUAUUUUAAUUUUAAUUAAAAAUACAAUCGUAAAAAUUAAUUAAAUGACAUAUGAAAAAAAUGAAGGCAAUGUUUAGUUUUAUACAAACGAUUAAAUAGUCAUAGAAAAUAGUAACUUUUUAAAUAAUAAAGGAGUAAAUGGAGGAUGUAUAUAUGUUGAAAGUCUUACAUAGAUUAUAUAAAUAUAGAACUCUACUUUUAUGUCAAAUUAUGCUAGCGGGAGUGGUGGAAGCAUUUACUUAAAAAAUGUAAAUUAGUUUUAUAUUGAUGAAAAAAGCUAAUUAAAAUAUAAUAAUGCUAGCAUAGGAGGAGCUAUCAGAAUUAUUAACUAAGAUGUUAAUUUAUGGUAUACUUAUAAAAUAAGUUGUUAAUUACUUUAUAAUUAUGCUGAACUACAUGGAAAUAAUAUAGGCACUCUACCUUUACAAUUUUUGGUAGAAGUUUUUGAUGUUAAAAGAUAAAAUUAUAAUAAAAUUUACAAUGGCUAUUUAGAUAUGCUCUAUGAUAAUACAUCAAUUAAUUUCUAAAACGUACAAAGUGCUGGAUUACUUCGUUUCAGAAUUUAAUUGCUAGAUCACUAUUCAAGACCUUUAAGUGUUAAUUAAACUAAAUAUAUAAGUAAUUUAUACGAAAAAUCUACAAUGCUAGAAUUAAACUCUUACUUUAUUUAAGUAGCUGUUAAUUAAAAUUUAAAAAAUCUCAAUAAUUAAAAUAUGAAUAUUGAAUUAAAAGGUGAGUAGUUGAUUGGAAUUCAACAAUACGAUGCUAACUCUAAAAUGUUUAAUUUCGAAUCUUUAACUCUUGAAUCUCUACCUCUAAUAACUAUAAGCUCAGUAAUAAUACAAUUUUCUUUUAACAAUUUCGGAUUUUCAUAGUAAAUAAAAACAAAUAUAUCCUUUAGGUCGUGCUAUCAAGGAGAGAUAUUAGUCUCUUCUACCAUUUAAGUUAAUAAUAAUAUUUCAAAAGAUUCAGAAGUUUAUUUGAUAAGCUGUGUAGAAUGCUCAUAAGGGAAAUAUUCUUUAAGUGAUCCUGCCAAAGAUUAUUAAACGUAUUUGCAAGACAAAAAUAUGUAAAUUAUAGAUUAAUAGAUUUGCAAGUAAUGCCCGCCAUUUGUUUCUAACUGCUAUAGUAAUAUACUCAUUUUAGAAGAUGGGUAUUGGAGAUCUAAUAAUUAAACUGAUUAAAUUGUAGGAUGCAACUUUGUAAAUCCAGAUAUUUGCAGUGUAUAAAACAAUACUAUAAAUGGUUGUAUAACUGGCUAUAUUGGACCAAUUUGUGAAAAAUGUGACUCAACUGGCGAAGUUUGGGGUGAUAGGUAUGUUUAGUCGUUUAAAUAAUAUGAAUGUGACAAGUGUAGUAAUUAAGCAUACUAAUAUAUCGUAAUGAUAUUUAUGAUAGCGGCUGUUUAUAUCUACUUAUAUUUCAGCACGUUUAUGUUCAUGGGAAGAUACAUCUAUGAAUCAAGAUGUACUUAUUUACGUUUUAUGAAGAUACUUCCUUUUUCUAAGAGCUGUAUCUAAGAUGAAUCAUCUUACUAUAUUAAAGUUUUGCUUAAUUAUUUAUAAUUAUCAUCAAUAUUAUUUUCAUUCUACAUGAAAUUUAUUCCUACAUUUUUUACUGCUGCUCCUUCAUUAGCAGGAUCUCCAUCUACAAAGCUGAUAAUUAAUACUUAAUGCUUAUUUACACCAUAAACAAUUUAAAAAUAUGGGGAAGAGAAAAUUAUGAUUAUUGGAUAAUCACUGUUUCCUCUGGUUACAAUCAUAUUUUUUUAUAUUUUACUUGCUAUUUAAAAGUACUUCAAAUUCUAAAAUGUAAGAGAUCACCAUAAAUAUACUAUGUUUAAUGUAUUAUUUCUAUUUUUUUAGCCUGACUGUAUAUUUUUCUUCACAAAAGCACUCUCUUGUAGAUAAAUUGGUUCAUAAAAAUACUAAGUCCUAAAUAUACUUUUAUCAUGUGAUGAUUAAUCUUACAGGUAAUUUAGUUUUGGAUAUGUUAUUCCGAACUUAGCUUUCUGGAUACUAAUUCCUGCAGUUUAAUUUUAUAAUUUGAGGAAAUAAAAAGGAACUAAUAAUUAAAAUCUCGACUAAUGUAUUAUGAAGUAUAAAUAUGGAUUAUUCUACUCAGAGUAUAAAAAUUAAUACUAUUAUUGGGAGAUUGUGAGAAUGUACUUAAAAGUUGUUUUAAUAUUGAUUGCAAAUAUUUUAAAUUAAUAUGAAGAGUAAGUUUCUUAAAUAUGCAUAAUAAUUCUUUUUUGGUACAUCAUAGCCAUUAUAAAAAUAUAGCCAUUUAAAAGUAAGUCUCUUUAAAAGAUAGAGUUUAUUUAAUAUUUAACUCUUAUACCUUGUAUCUUCUUAUUUUCAUUGUAUAGAUAACACUCCUAACCAAUAUAUCAAGCAGUUUUGGCGAUAAUCCAUUACUCUUACAUUGGUUAUAUGAUUUUUUUAAUAGCUAGAUUUAAGCUAUAAAAUUAAAAUAGUAAAAUUAUUAAAAUAAUUAAGCUUAUUAUUUUCAAAUUAAGCUUUGGAAAAAUAUAGACUUUAUGCUUUGAUAAAAAUAAAAAAAACGAGAGAGUUCUAAUUUUAUGGAGAAAAGUUUAUUCUAACUUAAUAAAAAUAAGAUUAGAAAGCUGUAAUAAAAAUUUAGCAACCAUUUCUACUAAGAUAAUAAAAAAAUCAACACCAUAUUUAAAAAAUUUAAAGAUAGAAGAGCAUGAAAAAUUGAUUGACUAAAUCCUAGAUCUAAAGUCAUUUUCAAAUAUUUAAUCAAAUAGAUUAGAUAGUGGAAGAGAAAACCCAGUUAAAUAAUAUAGUAAAUUUAAAAAAGAAAUUUAAUUAUCUUAAGAUUUUUCAGAAAGAAAUUUACAACCACAUGAUAAUAAAGAAAGUGUAGACUUAGUUAGUAGUAUUAGCUAACACCAUCAAAAUAUGAUUAUGUUUAAGUCUAAUUUAGAAAUCAAUCCAUUGAAUGAAACAAAGUUAAUAAAAAAACCUAAAAAUUUAACAAAUAAUAUAAUUUAAAGUAUCAUUUAAUGA